AAUUGACCAAAUCAAAUGUGAUUUAGACGGGUCAAAUAAUCCCAUUGACUCAUUCCAAAUCUAAAUUUACACAAUUACCUUGUUUAGUCAUUCAAUUACCACCUAAUCCUAACACAACAUGACAUGGCAUAACACAAUUAUCCUUAACAAGCAACACAAUUACAUGCCUAACAAACCACCUUGUCUGUCAUUCAUUUCUUACAUCAAACCAAACCAAACCAUAUUGUCUAUUCUCAACCUUCCUUUCAUGUUAUGUAAAACAAACAAAACCUUAAUUUCUCUUCUUUUCCUUUAUCCUCUUUAUUCCAUCCAGCUCCAAAGCUACAAUAAAUAUAAUUUAUCAUUUCUUUUAUGUAACUUUGCAUGAGAGGAAGUAAGGAAUAAAUAACUAAUCAACAUUAUUAGCAAUGACAGGGUCAUCAAGAAAAGGACAUACAUUCUUGGAUGAAGGAAGCGUUCAUGGUAGAAGAUUUGGCAAAUUGAAAAAAGACGAAUUUGACGGUUACAACUCCGACAACCAUCCUCGAAAAAACAGCCCUAUCAAAACAACUGAUGCACCCCAUUUAGAUCCUCAAAUGGCAUCAGAUAAUUCACCUUAUGAUGCAUCUCUUUCACCAUUAUCAAAAUCACCAUGGCAUGUUAAUGAAGAAGCUUCGUCUAGCGAAGAAGCUCUUGUUGGUUCAUUAGUUCGCGAAGAAGGUCAUAUUUACUCGCUUGCAGCGACGAAGGAUUUAUUAUACACCGGUUCUGAUAGUAAAAACAUUCGUGUUUGGAAGAAUCAAAAGGAAUUCGCGGGUUUUAAAUCAAAUAGUGGUUUAGUUAAAGCAAUUGUUAUAGCCGGUGAGAAGAUUCUCACCGGCCAUCAAGAUGGAAGAAUUCGUGUUUGGAGAGUUUCAAACAAGAAUGAACAAACUUAUAGAAGAGCCGCGACAUUGCCUACGCUAAGAAACUAUAUCAAAUGUUCAAUGAAACCGAGUAAUUAUGUUGAGGUUAGAAGACACCGUAAUGUUUUGUGGAUUAAACAUUAUGAUGCAAUUUCGUGUUUAAGUCUAACGGAAGAUCUUUCGUUAAUUUACUCUGCUUCGUGGGAUAAGACUUUUAAGGUUUGGCGUGCUUCAAAUUACAAAUGUUUAGAAUCAGUAACAGCUCAUGAUGACGCUGUUAACGCGCUAGUUGUUGGAUUUGAUGGUUUGGUUUUUACCGGUUCAGCUGAUGGAACAGUUAAGAUUUGGCGGCGUGAGAUGCAAGGAAAAGGAACAAAACAUUUCUUUUCACAGACAUUGUUGAAACAAGAAUGUGCAGUAACAGCUUUAACAUUAAAUUCUGAUGGGACGUUUUUAUACGCGGGUUCUUCAGAUGGGUUGGUCAAUUAUUGGGUCCGCGAAACGAAUUUGGAACAUUGUGGAAUUUUGAGGGGUCAUAAAUUGGCGGUUUUGUGUUUGGUGGCGGCUGGAAGUUUGGUGUUUAGUGGUUCUGCUGACAUGGCAAUUUGUGUGUGGAAACGAUCGAUUACUAAUGAACAUGUUUGUAUGUCAGUGUUGAGUGGACAUACUGGACCGGUGAAGUGUCUCGCUGCUGAGAAGGAUCUCGAUGUGAUGUUACACGAGCGAAAGUGGAUUUUGUAUAGUGGAAGUUUGGAUAAGUCCGUUAAGGUUUGGAAGGUUAAGGAGAAUGCGCCCCCCGGACAACAAACUCACCAACAAGCACCACGACUUAGUGUUAGUAGUGGUGAGUUUCCUAGAGUGUCGUCGUUGCGAAAAAUGGGAUCACGAAGAUACUAGCAUUUGUGUUCAUGAUUGAAUGAAUGAUGAUGUUGCAUAUUUUUUAAUUUGAUUACUGGAACUAUUUGUUGCUGAGUUUAAUGUGCAAAUGUAUGUACUAGAUUAGUUAAUUAAUUAGUUAGUCUUUGGGGGUAUAGAGGAUAAAUUAAUGUUUAUAUUGCUAACUCAUAAAUUUUUCUGUCUUGAUUGUGAAUUGUAAAUGUAAUUAUGACUUUCUUC